AUGCGCGGCUGUCCAUCUUCUAGCGUGGCCCUGGGACUGUUGGGCCUGGCUAGGUGUGUGCAGAGCUGCACCAACUUGAUUGUGUCCAAGGGUGCGUCUGCAGAUGGCUCAACGCUCUUCUCCUACACUGCGGACUCUGGGAGUUUGUAUGGCACCCUAGGACAUUUGCCGGCGGGACAACACAAGCCGGGUGAAAAGCGCCAGAUCUGGGAUUGGGAUACCGGAAAGUAUUUGGGAGAGAUUGAUGAGGUGCCAUACACGUACAAUGUGAUUGGCAAUCUCAACGAACAUGGUUUGGCCAUCGGUGAGACGACUUUUGGUGGUAAUGAGACGUUAGCUGGAGGUGAAGGCAUCUUGGACUACGGAAGCUUGAUUUGGGUGACGCUGCAACGGAGCAGAACUGCGCGCGAAGCCAUCCUGAUGUUCGAUAAGCUAGUCAGCGAGUAUGGCUACGUUUCGGAUGGGGAAUCUUUCACAAUUGCAGACCAGAAUGAGGUGUGGGUCCUGGAGAUGAUUGGCAAGGGCAAGUUUGAAAAGGGCGCUGUAUGGGUAGCCGUUCGGAUUCCAGACGGCCAUGUGAGCGGUCAUGCCAACCAAGCGCGCAUUCAGAAGUUUCCACUGAACGAUUCUUCGACGUGUGUUUAUUCUGAUGACGUCAUUAGCUUCGCCGAAAAGAUUGGCUUGUGGGACAGCAAGUUGAAGAGGGAGGACUUCAGCUUCGCCGACACUUAUGAUCCCAUCACAUUCACUGGCGCACGUUUGAGUGAUGCCAGAGUUUGGUCUUUCCUCUCGAAAGUCGCGGCAGAUCGGUCUUUUGAGAAGGCCUAUGAGAAUUAUGUUCUAGGCCACAAUGUUUCAGCUGCGGCGCGCAUGCCGCUGUCCAUUGAAGCUGGUUUGAAGAUCUCGGCGUUGGACUUGAUGUCCCAUAUGCGCAAUCACUACGAAGGCAUGGCAUUGGACUCACGUGGUGAUGUUGGCGCAGGACCCUCAGCUUCACCUUUCAGGGUCCGUCCUUUGGAAUGGCAUCUCGGAGACGACACAUACGUCCAUGAGCGUUCCGUGGGCACGCCGCAGGCUGGAUGGAACUUCAUCGUGCAGCUUCGCUCGUGGUUGCCGCCAGCGAUUGGCGGAUUGCUUUGGUUUGGAGUAGAUGAUGCAACUUUCUCCGUGCAUGCCCCUUUGCAUGGCGGUGCCACUCGCGUUCCUCACAGCUAUGCGGAUGGAAACGGAGAUGCGUUGACCUUCUCACGAGACUCCGCAUUUUGGGCUUUCAAUACAGUGGCGAAUUUCCUGUACCCCAGGUGGUUCGCUGCCGAGGGCGUCAUGCAACAAGCGCACCAGGCCGAGGAACGUUUCGCCCGAGCAUUGGAGAUGGAGGAGCUCAUAGCAGCGGCCAAGUACAGGAAAGAUCCGGCAGCUGCUGUGGAAUACUUGACUGCCACAGACAAUGCUCGGGCGGACAAGAUCGUUCAGGAUGAGUGGAACCUGUUUGGACAACUCAUGGUGACCUUCCGUGAUGGCUUCCAUAUUUCUUCCCUGGGGCCUCAGGCGCCCGAUCAUGGAGGAAGCCAGGGAGGCAUCGUGCCAAAGGUGGAAGAGGUCGGAUAUUCGAGCCGCUGGUAUGAGCGCAUCGUGAAGGACACAGGUGAUCACUACAAGAUGCCAAAAUCGUCGAGCAAAGACCUAGAACAGGUGAAGCUGGGCACUUUGAAAAAAGGCAUAUCUGGAGUCUGGGAUGGGAACUCAGCCACAUGGCCCGGGCCUCUGAGUGAGCUGGUGGUGUAA